GUGAAAAAGGAUCUUAACCACUCUUAUCCUUGUCGGAGUCAUCAUAAUCAAUCGAAUUAGAGUUUGAAAUCAGAGAGCAAGCAAGCAAGCAAUCAAUCAAACAACGAUGGUGGAAGAAGAAAAAAGCUCUAAUUCGAUCUACAUAGUUCCCGAAUUAUUGGAAGAAAUUUUCCUUCGAUUGCCCUUGAAAUCAAUCCUCAAAUUCAAAACCGUCUCAAAACAAUGGAGAUCAGUCCUGGAAUCGAAAAUGUUCGUGGAAAAGCGUAUGAAUGCUUCAAAGAGUGGAAAAAUAAUAGCUGCUUACAACUGCGACUGUGGCGACCGGCCGAGAAUCAUCCACGAGGCCCGGUUAGGGGACCAAGUGUUCGUCUAUCUACACUGCUUCAACGCACGACCCUCGAUGAUUUGCGACUCACGACCCUUGUUGACUUGCGACGGUUUGGUCUGCAUAGCUGAACCAGAUUCCAUCAUCGUUUUGAACCCCUCGACCGGACAACUCUUGCGGUUCCCAGAACCAUUGUCCUCCCGAUUUAUAAACGGAGAAGGGUCGGAUUUCUAUAGGGGAAAUUGGGUAAUGGGAUUUGGUAGAGACAAAGUUACGGGGAGCUAUAAAGUAACGAAGAUGUGCCUUCUACCUAGAGAGGAAGGAUGCGAUGUUCUUGAUGUUGAAACUGGUCAAUGGAAGAACCUGAGUCUACCUACUUAUAUGGCCCAGGUGGGAAGAAAAUUAUUAUAGAUAGAGUUUGGGCCGUAUGUUUAGGCCCGUUACUUGUCGUUCAAGUCAUUGUCGGUUUAUGUAAACCCUAGAGAUGUUCUCUAUAUAAGUCUUUGUAUCACGAUUUAAUAAAACAAGUCAGUUCGAUAUCUAAA